GCACGGGGCGGCGCCUCCAGCAUCCUGGAGGAAUCUGAGGUACCUCGUGGGGCAGAGACCUGGGCUCUGAAGCAGGGGUUCUGGAGUCCCCAAACCGCUGUCAUGGGAAAACAGAACAGCAAGCUGCGGCCAGAGAUGCUACAGGACCUACGGGAAAACACGGAGUUCUCCGACCUGGAGUUGCAGGAGUGGUACAAAGGCUUCCUGAAAGACUGCCCCACGGGCAUCCUCAAUGUGGAGGAGUUCAAGAAGAUCUACGCCAACUUCUUCCCCUACGGAGAUGCCUCCAAAUUUGCUGAGCAUGUCUUCCGAACCUUUGACACCAAUGGGGACGGCACCAUCGACUUCCGGGAGUUCAUCAUUGCUCUCAGCGUCACCUCUCGAGGGAAACUGGAGCAGAAGCUCAUGUGGGCUUUCAGCAUGUAUGACCUGGAUGGCAAUGGCUACAUCAGCCGAGAAGAGAUGCUGGAGAUUGUCCAGGCCAUUUACAAGAUGGUGUCUUCUGUGAUGAAGAUGCCCGAGGAUGAAUCUACCCCUGAGAAGCGGACUGAGAAAAUCUUCCGUCAGAUGGAUACAAACAAUGAUGGGAAGCUCUCCCUGGAGGAGUUCAUCAGAGGAGCCAAGAGUGACCCGUCCAUCGUCCGGCUGCUUCAAUGUGACCCCAGUAGCACCUCCCAGUUUUGA